AUGCUCAAGACUUUGGUGCCGAGGGCGAGUCGAUCGCUGCUCUCAUCGAAAGCUCCGCAGUUUGGCCCAACAAACCUCCGAACAGCUCCCAGCUUCCAGAUAGUGUCCCAGAACCAACAGCGGAGGAGAGGAUACGCAUCUGAAGCUUCCGACUACGAUGUGAUCUUCAUUGGUGGCGGCGUGGCUGGCUACGUUGGUGCGAUAAAAGCUGGACAAGAGGGUCUCAAGACUGCUUGCAUCGAAAAGAGAGGUGCACUCGGCGGCACCUGUCUCAACGUCGGCUGCAUCCCCUCAAAAUCCCUGCUCAACAAUUCACAUCUAUACCAUCAAGUACUACACGACACGAAAAGGCGUGGCAUUGACGUUGGAGAUGUCAAGCUCAACCUGACUCAAAUGAUGAAGGCUAAAGAUGACUCCGUCAGCGGCCUGACGAAAGGUGUCGAGUUUCUGUUCAAGAAAAACAAGGUUGACUACAUCAAGGGCACCGGAUCUUUCAAGGACGAGCACACGGUCAAGGUCAACUUGAUUGACGGCGGUGAAACAGAGAUCCGGGGCAAGAACAUUGUCAUCGCCACUGGUAGCGAGUCGACCCCGUUCCCCGGCCUCGAGAUCGACGAGAAGAAGGUCGUUACCAGCACCGGCGCAAUCGCACUCCAAGAAGUGCCUAAGAGAAUGGUUGUCAUUGGUGGAGGCAUCAUUGGUCUUGAGAUGGCAUCGGUAUGGUCCCGCCUCGGUUCCCAGGUCACCGUCGUCGAAUUCCUUGGCCAGAUUGGCGGCCCCGGCAUGGACGCGGACAUUGCGAAACAAGCACAAAAGCUCCUCGGAAAGCAAGGUAUCAAAUUCAAGACCAACACCAAGGUCACCAAGGGUGAUGCGAGCGGCGACGUGAUCAAGAUCGACGUCGAAGCGGCCAAGGGCGGCAAGAACGAGAGCCUCGAGGCUGAGGUCGUCCUCGUGGCCAUUGGUCGUCGCCCGUACACGGAAGGACUGGGGCUCGAGAACAUCGGCGUCGAGAUGGACGAGCGCAAACGCGUGGUCAUUGACCAAGAAUACCGCACCAAUAUCCCGCACAUCCGCUGCAUCGGCGACGUGACAUUUGGCCCCAUGCUCGCGCACAAGGCCGAGGAAGAAGGCGUCGCGGCGGUCGAGUACAUCAAGAAGGGCUUCGGGCACGUCAACUAUGGAGCCAUCCCGUCCGUCAUGUACACGCACCCGGAGGUGGCCUGGGUUGGGCAGAACGAGGCCGAGCUCAAGAGCGCCGGCGUCAAGUACCGCGUCGGCACGUUCCCCUUCACGGCCAACUCGCGAGCCAAGACCAACCUCGACACCGACGGCAUAGUCAAGUUCCUCAGCGACGAGGAGACUGACCGCAUCCUGGGCGUGCACAUCAUCGGUCCUAACGCUGGCGAGAUGAUUGCCGAAGCCACGCUCGCGCUCGAAUACGGUGCCUCGAGCGAAGACGUGGCCCGGACGUGCCACGCUCACCCGACGCUCGCCGAGGCCUUCAAGGAGGCCGCCAUGGCCACCUACAGUCAAGCCAUUCACUUCUAG